CCACGAUAAACCUCUGGAGCUGUUCUGUAAGACCGACCAGACAUGUGUCUGCAUGCUCUGCACUGUUUUAGAGCACAAGACGCAUAAUGUUGUUCCUCUGAAAGAAGAAUAUGAAGGAAAGAAGGCAGAGCUGGGGAAGACGGAGGCUGAAAUCCAGCAGAUGAUCCAGAAGAGACGACUGAAGGUUCAGGAGAUCAAACACUCAGUGGAGCUCAGUGAGGAAGCUGCAGACAGAGAGCUAGCAGAAGGUGUUCAGGUCUUCACUUCUCUGAAGGAGUCUGUUGAGAGAGGAUUGAAUGAGCUCAUCAACACCAUCAAAGAGAAGCAGACAACAACAGAAAAACAGGCUGAAGCUUUCAUCACAGAGCUGGAACAGGAAAUCUCUGAGCUGAUGAAGAGAAGCACUGAGGUGGAGCAGCUCUCACGCUCUGAAGACCACCUCCAUCUUCUCCAGAGGGUCCAGUCCCUAAACACCAACCACCCUCCACCCACCAAGGACUGGACAGAGGUCAGCGUCCCUCCAUCAUCAUAUGACGGGACUGUGGUGAAAGCUGUGGUUCAGCUGGAGGAGACGCUCAGUAAAGAGAUGAAGAAGCUGGUUGAGUCUGAGCUGAAGAGGGUCCAGCAGUAUGCAGUGGAUGUGACUCUUGAUCCUGAUACAGCACAUCCUCAACUCAUCCUGUCUGAUGAUGGGAAAAAAGUGCAUGCUGGUAAUGUUUGGAAGAAUCUCCCAGACAACCCAGAGAGAUUUUCUCAUUGUCCUUGUGUUUUAGGAAAACAGAGUUUCUCUUCAGGAAAAUUUUACUUUGAGGUUCAAGUUAAAGGAAAGACUGAAUGGAGUCUAGGAGUGGCCAGAGAGUCGAUCAACAGGAAGGGAGUAAUCACACUGAGCCCUGAGCAUGGUUACUGGGUGAUAGUGUUGAGAAAUAGAAAUGAGUACAAAGCUCUUGCUGGCCCUGGUGUCCUUCUCUCUCUGAAGUCUCCUCCUCAGAAGGUGGGGGUGUUUGUGGACUAUGAGGAGGGUCUGGUCUCCUUUUAUGACGUAGAUGCUGCAGCUCUUAUCUACUCCUUUACUGGCUGCUCCUUCACUGAGAAACUCUUCCCAUACUUUGGUCCUGACUGGAGUGAAGAUGGUGCCCCUCUGAUCAUCUCUCCUGUCAGAGUAAACUAAUCACUCAUCUAAUUUCAGGUAUUGAUAUAUUUCUAUUCAAGGGAACAAAUGUAUGUAUGUAAUAUGU